GGAGGCGGCGGAAGGACCUUGCGGGACUGAGGAAAUCCAGUCACCAUGUCAGCUGCGCUGUUGCCAAAGCCCCAGAUGCGGGGCCUUUUGGCCAGGCGGAUGAAGUUUCACCUCCUUGGGGCAUUUCUGGUAUCUAUGGGAUGUGCAACUUUGUACAAGUUUGGAAUUGCUGAACCCAGAAAACAAGCUUAUGCAGACUUCUAUAGAAACUAUGAUCCCAUGAAGGACUUCGAAGCCAUGAAGGCAGCUGGUGUGCUUGAGAGUGCACCACCCAAGUGAUGAUUCCCUUCAUUUCAAGAAGACUUGAUGACUGAACCUUAUUUGUUCACUGAAUUGUAAAGUGCAAUGCACCACAGUGCAUGGCACGCUCUAAUGCAACUCAAUAAAUAAAAUACAUAUGUCAGUGA